UUUUUAAUUAAUAAUGGCCAAACGAUUUACAAAGAGUGCCAUAAAUUGGGUCGAAUUUGAAAAACAAGUGCCACCUGAACAGAAAACGAAGUUCUUGGCAUUUAAAGCUAAAGCGGAUAUGUAUUUGCGACGAGUGCAGGCAAAUCCACCUGAACCACCGAAAAUCAAUUGGGAAGAAUAUCAAAAAACUGUCCCAGUAAAAGGCCUUGUAGACAAAUUCAAAACAGCAUAUUCAGCAUUUCAAGUACCCUAUCCAACAGAUACUCUAUCUGAGACAGUCGAUGAGCAAUGGAAGAGUUUGGAGCCAGAAAUUAAAGAAUUUUGUGCCGAGAGACAAAAGGACAUAGAACUGGCACAGAAAGAAUUAAAUAGAAUAAAGGCAUUACCUAAAUUUGAAGAUAUGACGAUGGAGACCUUUUACGAUGUAUAUCCAGAUCAAGCGUUGGAUCCUGUGAAAAGACCUACAUUCUGGCCACACACUCCAGAAGAACAGCUAGGUUAUAUAACUCCAGAGCAAAAGGCAAUGAAGAAAGGAUCCCAUUGAAAUGAACUGCAUAUGAAUUCGCAGAAGAAUAUAUCACACACAUUAAUCAUACUCAUUUCAAAGAUUAUUAUCUUGAAUCAUUCAUUCAUUAAUUACUCAUCCUUGAUAGAUUUGUAAACGUAAAAUAUAGAUACCCUUGCUACCAGCCACUAGCAAGUAGCCUGUAAAAAAUCUACAACUGGGCUUUAGCCUCCUCUGUUUUUGAGUAAGUUGAUAUAAUAUAUGUUACUCU